AUGGACUUAUUUGAUCCAUAUACUCUUGAAAAUCCUGUUAAUGCUGAAGACUUAUUUAAAAUUGGCUCCACGAUCCAAAACCCUUAUAUCAUAAGAUCUGAUCAAUUAAUUGGUUUAAUUGAUGGUUCUAUAUCCAUUUAUAGUGGAUUUAUUUAUAAUAAUUGGAUUGAUUAUUUACGACAACAACUUAAUGACUACAAUGGACUAUUUACGUUAUCAGAUAGAAUUUUGAUGGAUGAAAUGAUCAAAAAAGCAAAAGUCGAGAAUUAUCAAAGUAGGUACGAUAUUGAUCAUAUUGAGCAAGAAACGUAUCAAGGUCGACUAUUAAAAUGGGAAUUAGAUUGUCAAGUUCAAAAGUCAUUAAUUCUCAAGGCAUUUCGAUUUAACCAUGAAGAAAAUGAAUGGUUACCGGUACAAGGAAAAUCUCAACGUAAUAUAUUUCCUAGUUUUCAUUCAGAGAUUCAAGAUAGGCCACAGUAUGUUACUCAAUGCAGGAUACUUGCUAAUGAUGAUUUAUUCAUGAUCACGACUUUUGGUGUACUUAUCUGGACUGUUAUACCUGACAAAGGAAUUAGAUUACUUUAUUAUUGGGGAGAAGAGGAUCUUUACUAUCAAGAAUUAACUAAUAAGAAACUAUUUUACAGUGAUUCAUUUGCAAAAAGAAUUCUUCCACCACCAAAGUUUGACAUUGUUAUUAAAUUUAAAGAGUUAUCAUUUGGUCCCGAAGGUAGUCAAGAUGUGAGUUACUUUUUUAAAGAACUUAUUGAACAUUAUGUUACCAAUAAAUUUUCUAUAAUAUAUUAUGGAAUGACUAUUAUGAACUCAUUUCUAAAAAUGGAUGUUGAUUUAAUGAUGGAAAAAUUGUGUGAAAGUUGUUUUGAUUUUAAUUUUAAAUCAAAUAGUAGUGAUGUAUCAACUUCAAAUAUUCAAUUACUUAGCAUAAUUGGGCAAGCAUUUCCUGAAUUAUUACAAAAACAUCCAGAUUAUUUGGCCGUACGAAUAAUUCAAAAUGAUAAAUGGAACGGUUUUGAGAAACCUUAUUUAUCACCUGCGGUUUUAAAAGCAAUUAAAGUUGAAUAUGAUAAUUUUUCAAAAGAUAAGCGAGUGGAAAUCGAAAUAGGUGAGAUUAAAGAGUUGAUAAUGAAAUUAAGAGAUGAUGGAGAGGUAGAUGAAUAA